CAGAGAGACAGCAAGGAGUUCUGUCAGCACAAAGACGGAAGCAUUAAAGCAGUCACACAGUCCCAACGAGGUGAGAGGAGAGGAGGAAAAAACAAAAAAAAAUUGCUGGGCUGCAAUGCCAGGAGUAACCAAAAAUUUUUGACAGGUCACAGAGUCAGGAAGCAUUUCUGCACUGACAGCCUCUAUGUCUUCAGCUAGAAUAUAAACUAAUCUAGAUAUGAAGACAGAGAACACAGAACUCCACUACUUUUGUUUCCAAACUUAGCUAUAAACACACAGAUUUUUAAAUCUUUGCCUCAUUUCUAAUCUAAAUAUGUCUGGCUUGGGGUUGGGGGUUCUUAGCCCUAUUCUGGUGUACUUUUUGCUGUAAGAUUCUCUAGAAAGUAAUACUUCGUUCUCAUCCCCCAAAAUCAGGAUCUCAGACUGAAGUAAUUUUGUCAUCUAAUUUAUGGCCGUCUCUGUCAGCACACCACAGUAAGAUCACAGAACUGCUGGAAGUCUCCCUGUGCGGGAAAUCAUUUCCAAGCCUCCUGUUGAGGAACCAUUGCUGUAACAGCACCAACAACAGAGUUAUAGCAGAAGCGGAAUUAAGAGAUCUCCAGGAAAAAGGACUCAGUCUUCCACGGGUUUGUGCACUUUCCCUUCACCUGCCGGCACACAGUAUUUUGCAAGGUCAACCUUAAAAAGCUGAAUUAAACAAGUGUAAGAUCAUCAGAAGCAAUGACGGUAAACACUAGUGAUUCUUCUCCCUUUCUCCCGGGUUUCAGCCGGGGUCUCUCAGCCCUCACUUCGGACCCAACCAGAGCUCUCGAGGAGCCGGGUACGGCCCUUCCGCACCGCCGCGGGCCCGGAACAACUUCACCGCAGCCGCUCCGCGCCCCCGAUCGAGGCUGGGAAAAGUUACCGCGGGCCUGCGGGAGCGGCGGGAGCGGGGGGUACGGCCCCAGGGCAGCGAAGGGCCGCCGGGCAGCCCCGCCGGGGCGGCUCUCUGCGCCCGCCCGGGGGAGGUGGCCCGACUCCUGCGCGGCGAGCGGGGCGCGGCGCGUCCCACCCCCGGCCUUGACGCCACGCGUUAAUGAAAUGCUAAUGCCGGGGCGCGGAGCCGGGCGCUGCCCGCGCCCAUAAAACGCGGCGCGGCGCAGGGGCCCUGCCCGCAGCCAUGCAGAGCGCGGCCCCCGCCGCCCCGCCGGCCCUGCACCUCCUCACCUCCUACUUCAUCGACAGCAUCCUGGGCCGGGGCCCCGCCGCGGGCCGGCACGGCGCGGAAGGCGCGGGGACGCCGCGGCCCGGCCGAGCGCGCAGCCCCGCGGAGGAGCCGCAGGCAGAGGAGCGCCAGCAGCGCCCGCCCGGCUCCGAGGCGCCGGGCCCGGUGAAGAGGAAGCAGCGGCGGUACCGCACCACGUUCAGCACGUUCCAGCUGGAGGAGCUGGAGCGCGCCUUCUGCAAGUCCCACUACCCCGACGUGUUCACCAGAGAGGAGCUGGCCCUGCGCCUCGACCUGACGGAAGCCCGGGUGCAGGUCUGGUUCCAAAACAGAAGGGCAAAGUGGAGGAAACGUGAAAAAAAUGAAAUUCUGGGGACUGUUCCAGGAAUCUCCUUAACGCACCCACUUGGUCUACUUUUGGAUGUUCCACUGAGUCAUUCCCCCCUCCUAGAUCACACGUGGAGGUCAAUGCCUCUUUCAACACUGGCUGUGCCAUCCAUGUCCCCAGCUUUUAAUCCUUCAGCCUUAGGGCCAUUUGGCCUCAGCAGUCUUACCUGGACUUCUCUCUUCAGAAAUCCUAUAUUAAAUCCACAUUUUGGAAGGUUUCUCAAUGCUUUAAAUCCUCUUGUGACAACAGCUUCAGUACUAAUGAAAGCUCCUGGACCCCCGUCAGACCCUGUUCUCACUGCCUUUACUGAUCCAGCAGCAGUUGAAAGGAAAACGUCAAGCAUUGCAGCACUAAGACUCAAAGCGAAAGAACAUUCAGCACAAAUCCCUCAAUUAAACCUCAUCUCCAGUCUUACAAACACUAACAAAGAACUUUGUUAGGAGCUCUCCCACAGACUACAGCCAUGGAGGGGAAAGUGAAUGCCUUCUCCAAUAAGUAGCUCUCAUUAGUGAGACACAUUUAAAAAAAGAAAACACACACACACACACACAGAGCUGUAUUUCCUGCAGCUUUGGUAACAGACUGAAAGGAAAUAAACCUGCUAAACAUUGUUUUCCCUCAUUACAAAACAAAAUCAGGUAGUAAAUUGGCUUGUAUCAUUUCUUGCACUGCAGAAACAGAAGCAGGAACUAUCUUUGUAAAUCAGGCUAACAUGUAUCUGAAGCUUUGAAAUCACCAAACUCACCAGAAGCUAGUCCAAAGGCUCCAUUAUUCUUUGUAGUAAUAACCACAUUUCUACGCAAGUCUUAACUUCUCAGGAGGAACUCUUACAUGCAGUACUUGAAAAUCAGUACACAGUUAUUAACUUGGAGACCAUGCUUCAUGUUGAAGUGCAAAUGCCAGUGAAAUAUUGCAUUUUAGACAGCUUUAGCAGGAAUGAGAUGGGGAUUACUUUCAGUAUAAGCUUUUGAUUCAGAACUAGAUUUGUGUAAAGAGUACUUUGUUUCAAAUUAAAAAAAGAAAGGUUUACUUUAUGUGCAGGGCGGCAAUGUCUUAACUAAGAAAGUUUAACCUCUGUACAUGAACUGUAUCCUGUGAAAGUAGGUUAGCAGUGUGCAGUGAAUUGUGUGUAGUUCUCUGUGUAUGUAUAUAUAUGUCAAUCUAUAGCUUAUAGCUGUAAAAAUGAGGUUGCUCAGUACUUUUAGCAAGAUUUCUGGCACAUCUUAGUAAGUUAACAGAUUACCUGUAUAUUUUGAGACAUUUCAUGCCUUGAGUAGUUUCAGAAUUUAAAUGAAUACUCAGUGUGAAGUGUUAAAUUCUUCCUUGGACCAAUGUUGAAAUGAGUGAAAAACAGAGGCCUUACUGAGCAGGAGUCUACAGUCCAUCACAGUCCUGGACUCCAUGACAGGUCAUUUUAAAGCCUUUGCUGAAUUUCCCCAUCCAGGACAGGGGACUGAGAACAAUUCUGCAGAAGUCUGAUGCUUUAUGUUAAGUGAGGAUAUGUAGUAUCUUCCUGGUGCUUUAGUGAAAAGCGAGGAUAGGUCAUAGCAUGCUCCUUUUGCAGCUCACUGCCUACCUCACAGGGCUGUUGUGAGGACUCAUUAAACAAACAGACACUGUGCAAAUGGCGGAGUUAUACAAGUGCUAAUUUUUGCUUCACAGCAAAAGGAGACGAUCUCCAUGUGCAGAUCGUCUUUCCCACACCUGUAGCAGAGGUCCAAGCAAACUCUG